AUGUCAAAUUCGACGAGCAGCAACACAACCUUCGACAACUCAACGAACUCCCCCCCUCUUAUUUGCCCGCCCGGAUAUUUCUAUGUUAAAGGGGAAUGUGUUCAGUCGACACAUUGGAUACUUGGAGUAUCGAUAACGUGUAGUUUGCUAUUGGCUCUUGUGAUGGUUUUAAUAAUAGUAGUGUGGUUUUUGUCUCGAAAGAAGACCACAUCCUCGCGAGACAGAUACUCUCGAGUACACUCGGAUGAUUUUCCACUCCAUUUGAGUAAGACGGAGCUGACUUUUGAGAGCGAAGGAAUCACAAUGUCCAUCAACACACAAUACACAGAUGAAAUCAACAUCACCAAUACAUCGGACAUUGAAAAAUCAUUUAAAAUUGAGUUUGAUGCGACACAAUACAUUCUCAAGACUGAACCGGAGUGUGGAGUCUUAGGUCCACAUUCUUCAGUUGAUGUUCAAUUCACAAUAACAUUAAAAUGCUCGUGUAAACAAUACCCACCAAUUAAUGUCGUUUCAUUUGACGGAACAUCAGAGGUUGACGCGAUAGACGAAGACAUUGUGACAACCCCCGUUCAAGUCUGUGCGUCAUGCGAAGACACUCUUCUUCUUGAUUUCAAAGAAAUUAGUACAAAGGAAUUGAUCGCAAAUGGGUUACAUGGGGAUGUGGUAGUUUCCACAUAUAGGGGACAAACUGUUGUCGUCAAAAAGUUCAAGUUGAGUUGGACGGAAGAGGCAAGGAGCUUCUUUGUGGAGCGACUUGGAGAGGUGACACAGAUGAGGCACUCCAAUUUGAUAACCAUUUUUGGGUGUGUUGUGACACCAAACCACGAAGCACUCGUCAUGGAAUUUGCAGAACAUGGAAAUGCUCGGACGUGUUACAGAAGAGGAGAGAUGGAGCUCAAACUUCGCGAAAAGGUUCUUAUUGAUGUGUGCAAAGGAAUACAAUAUUUACAUUCAAAUAAUAGAGUCCAUGGGUGUAUCAAACCGACUAAUAUGCUAAUGGUCUCUAUCAACCCACAAUCGACUGUGUGUUGUAAACUCGGACAUUACUGGGAUUUGGCGGAGAUGACGUCAUUGAUCAUUCCAAAGAUCGAAGCCGACAACGAAAUUAUGAUGCAAAACUCAUACUUCACAGCUCCAGAGUGUUUCAAAGAAAGUUCACUAACCGCAGAGGCGGAUGUCUACUCACUUGGAAUGUCUAUAUUAGAAAUUUACCAACAAAAAAUGGUGUACCCAGAAAGACCAUUUAGUAAUGGGUGGGACGCAGCAACUGAAAUUGUUAAAGGGAAACGCCCAGAUGUACCAAAUUCUGUCGAUGAGAAGAUAAAAAACUUGGUCACUAAAUGCUGGGAACAAAAACUGGAAAGUAGACCAAAAAUCGGAGAAAUCUUGAAAACAUUUAUGGAAUUACAAGAUCAAUCGUAA